AAGCGAAGAAUUACAGGGAAAAAUAAAAAAUCAGCAUGACUAGUCCUAUCUCCCUUGCUCCAGACAAGAGACAGCUCUACUUUCUUUCACCAGAAAACGCUGUUUCAACCAUCUCUGUCGUGCCCCAAGUUGCCACUCUGUUUUUGGCUCAAUUCUUACUGUUUGGUCAACGAAAAAGCUUAGCAUCCCCAAUUGACACCAUCGUUUUGCCUCCCCGCUAAUCAAAUUAUUCCUAGCAUAAAUAAGAUCAAAGCUUGCUCUUUGCUUCGAUUUUCAGGUAUAUAAUUACAUGUUUAUUCAUUCCAAUUGAAGACAAAUUUCCAACGUAUUGUGCUGGAAAAUGAGUUGAUGAUGUAGCUCAUUCUCAAGAUCAUUUUCCAGCAGGAAGCGCUGGAAAAUAAGUUAACUUUUUUUUACAACGCUGAGCAAUGGAAGUUAUUGGGUUGUUGACUGUUAUUGCAAAGAUAAUGCACUGGAAAAUAACUUGAUAAAUGUACUGUCCUCAAGAUUAUUCUCUAGCGUAUCAUGCUGGAAAAUAACUAGCAAUAUUUUUCCAGUGUGUAGCAUUGGAAGAUUUCUAGCUCAAUUAGCUGUCAUUUGCAUGCCGUUUACGUGUAUUUUUCAGUGCACUAUGUUGUAAAAUAUUGUAAAUUAUUUUUCAACACACUCCCUGUCUUGGAAAAUAACUAUUUUCUAGUCAA